AUGCAACCUAUUAUGAAGUUUAGGUUGAGAAGACAGUCAAGAAAAUACGUCCUGAUUUUCUUGGCUGCUUGUACUCUUAUUUUCAUAUUGUAUCCCACAAAGCAGACAUUUCAAGAACAACAUUCUACUUCUGAUUCCAGGAAAAAAAGCACUUCAAGUGAUUAUAGCUUGAAGUUGAAGCAAGUUUUCGAUAAAUCACCAUUUAGUGAUCUUUCGAAGAGAAUUGAGAUAGCAGAAGAAGAAGCUAACUCGUUCUCAUUACUGAAGCUAAUACCUUUCUUGGGAAACGGUAAGGAUGCUAGGGAAAGAAAAGUGCUUGCACACUGGGCGCAAGCUAAUAGGAAAGACCAAUGCCCUCAAUUAAUCAAGGGUCUUUACGCAACGCCUGAUUGGUCGAACAAUGAAAUUGUGGCCGCGCACAAGAAAGUUAGGGUUGAUGAAAUUAAUAUGCAAGUUUCAGUUGAGAGAAUUAGAAUCUACAAUUACUGUUUCCUAGAGGGUGGUCUUGACGUAACCGAAGUCUUAAAGGAUGCUGGACUAUCUUCAUAUGAUGCUUUUGACUUCCAAAGUAGGAUGUUCAUCUUCUUAAAGCAAGUAACAAAAACUGACGCCAAAUAUUUGUAUCCAAUAAUACAGAAUUUGAACACAGAAGAAAUAAUCAGUGAACCAACUACAACUAAGUCACCACAAGAUUUCAAUGCAAACUUUAUGGCUAAUUGGAGGCAAUUAGCUAAUGGUAAAGGUAUAGCGAUCACUGUCAACCCUGAUGAUGUGGAGUUUAUGAUUCGUCUAUUUAGAGUGUUAAAAGAACUUGGAAACACAUACCCUAUUCAAGUCAUACAAAAGGGGGGAGAGCUGACUUCACCACUAAUUGAGCAAAUUAAGAAAACUGCUAUUGAAACAAACCAAGCAGUGUCUAUUGUUGAUUUGAGUCCUAUACUUGAUGAGAAGUUUGCAAGGGAACAAAUUACAUCAUUCCACAAUAAAUUUUUUGCUGCAAUGUUUAAUACUUUUGAAGAAGUCCUGUUGCUCGAUGCUGACGUAGUACCUUAUGUGUCUUUGGAUGAAUUUUUCAAUCUCAAGGGAUAUAAGGAUACAGGGCUCCAAUUCUGGAGAGAUAGAAAUAGAGGUUCUGAUACACAUAAGUUCUGCUCAAAUUUAGGUGUUUAUCUUGAACCAUCUUUGGAAGAGCAUAAUUUAUUAGGCACUGAGUUGAAAUUCAGAAUCAAUAGUCUGGCCAAGAAGAAGGUGAGAUCAUCAGAAGAAAGAGCUUUCCAUCGUUUUUUCAAUGAACUGAAGGUUCACAACAUCGAUAGUGGUAUAAUAGUGUUGAACAAGAAACAGAAGUUGCACAGCCUAAUUAUGGGUGAGAUUUUCUAUACUAACGGUAGAUUUGGUAGAUGCGCUUACGGAGAUAAGGAGAUGUUUAUGAUGGGAGCAUUUGCUACUGGCGCAGAUUUUAUAAUUGAUCCACGUGAUGCCGGUAUUAUUGGACCAAUAGGAUAUAAUAUAGAUCAAAGAGUGAACUUUAUUUGUUCAGCCCAAAUGGGUCACUUGGAUGAAAAUAACAGGGUACUAUGGUCUAAUGGUGGUUUAAGAUUCUGCAAAUUCCCUGAUUUUGCUAAAAAGGACUACACUCCAAAAAACCAAGACUACUUCAUUCAAAAAUACCAAUCAUAUGAUAAUAUGGCUAGAAUAUACAAGACUAAAGUGGAGAUAACAGGAUUUAUUAUACCUGAAGUCGAGAAAAAUGAAUGGAUGCAAAUACCUGAUUGUCAAUCAUACAUGUACUGCGGUCUUGCUAAGAAAGUUGACACUAAAGCUCUGAUCUUAAAGUUUGAAGGUGAGGAAAAGGAGAGGUUGAACAGAAUAUCAGAUGUAUGGAACAAUCCAAUCUAG